GUGCAACUGUACUCACUUUGGGAAUUGAGACUUUUCUCUCUUUCCCUUUUGCAUUUCCCGAGAAAAUGAGAGAAAGAAUCUAAAGAAAACACCUCCACGUUCUUUUCCCGUCUCGUAGGUAACGCAUAUCAGGAGGGAUUCAAUAUUGAAAUGUGAGUAUGGAGAAGAAACUAGAGAUCUGUGAGUACAGAGAGAGGCUUGACAAGACCUUGGCGUCUCCUGACCUCACCAAUGACCAAACUCUCAAAACGUUAAUCAGACAACAACUCAACCAAGAGUGUACUGUGGAUGUAUUGGAUCAAAGAGUAGCUGAUCUAUCUAGUAUACUUGAGAAGCUUAGGAGUGCAUCAGCAAAGGAUCAAGAUUUGUCUAACGAAGCUUCGACUGGUGAUUGGAAAGUGAAACAUGAUCAUGAAGAUUGUCGUGUUAUGUACCGUGAAGGACUUGAAGGAAGCCCUUUUCACACAUUGCUCGUUGAAGGUUACAUGGAUGGCCCUAUCCAAGACUGUUUAUGUGUAUCAUGGGAAUCAUCACUCUACGAGAAAUGGUGGCCAAUCUCUGCAUUUCCAGCAUUCAGAAUCUUACAAACUAAAAGUUUGCAAAAGGAAAAGAUCAAUGAACAGAUAUGUUUAAUGAGGAUGAAAGUACCGUGGCCAAUGGCAAACAGAGAAGCUGUUGUGCAGUUUUUCUUAUUCGAAUACUUUAGAGACGGUUUAGUCAUCAUUCUACUCAACUCGAUCUCAGCAUCAGAAGUAGAGAACUUCGACAAGAAGGGUGUAUAUGAAGCAGCGGAUGCUGUGAGGGUUGAUUUAGUAGGCGGCGUUGCUAUACAAAGGGUGUCAUCAGAGAGAAGUUACUUAAGAUACAUAUCGGAGAUUGAUAUAAAGCUGGACUUGGUCCCUCCAUCUCUAAUAAAUUUGGUGUCUAGGCAGCUCCUCGGCAACGGUUUCAAACUUUUCAAGAAGACCAUUGGUUCGGUGGCUAAAUCUGAUGACUACAGGAGAGUUUUAGCUGAUCCAUUGUAUACUAUGAUACGUCAAGCUCUGUAUUCUACUGAUGAAAUCUGCCAAGCAAAUGUGUUCCAUAGCCAAGAUGAAAGUGGUUGCAAAAGAUAUGAUCAUGAGAUUGAGGAAGAAGAAUGUGGUGAUGAUGAAGAUGAAGAUGAGAAUAAAAGUGUUUCUUCUUCUUCUUCUGGAGAGAAGGAUGAAAGUUACAUUGGGAAGACCUACAAUGGUAAAACACUUUUCUGUAUAAGCCCAGAGGUGAAGCAAGCUUUAGGGACAUUAGAGAAAGUGAUAACAAUGGUUAGAAAAUCCAGAACAGAUAAUAAUAAUAAGACAUCAUCAACAUCUUUAGAAGAAGAAGAAGAAGAAGAAGAAGCAUCCUCAUCAUCACCAAAGCUACAUUUAGAAAGAGCUGAGAUUGUUUCAAGCAGCAAAGUUUGUACUCAAGGUCCUAACACUGAGGUUCUUGAUGAAGCGUCACUCACACAUUAUCACCACAACAACAACAACAACAAUCGAAUUGUUUACAGGCGAAGUGGAUCAAGUUCUUUUGCAAGAGAAGGCAACAAAAUAGCUCCUACGACAACCCCUGAGGUCACUAGGAUAACAAUCUCACAAGCCACAACUCUUUUCAACCAAACAGAAGAGAACAGUGACGACAAGCCAAGCGGAUUAAAUGGAGGUAAGAGCUCGGUUCUGCAGAGAAAACGUAAACCACGCUGCUUCGGAAUCAGGUCAUGGAUGAGAAGGACCUGAAAAUAGUUUAUACCAAAUACUACAACAUAUAGGAAACAUCAGAUUGUUUCUAGUUACAACACAUUUGGAUACUUUAAGAUUUGCAACAAGUGUUUCAGCAAAUACAUCAAAGUUUACAAAUGUCUUUCUUGAAACCAAAUAUCAUUGAUAAAGUGUUUUUAAUUCAACCAAAAUAU